AUGGCUUCUUCAAACGAUCUGCGCAUCUCAAGAACGCUUGGAGCCCUUUUGGGCGUCCAUUGUGGUGACUCACUAGGUGCCACUUUUGAGUUCAAGCCGUGGUCGCAGAUUAUCAGGCAAUAUCCCAAUGGCUUACGAGAAAUCGUCGGGGGCGGCUCCUUCAACUGGCCCAUCGGUCAAGCAACAGAUGACACCGAUCUCACCCGGGCAGUCCUCCUAGCCUACCGAGACUACGAGGAAAACAAGCACUCCGGGAGCAGCCAGUUAGGGGAAGGUUUCAAUAUCGCCAAGGCAGCAGCUGAAUAUGCGCUCAAAUGGAACGAGGGCGAGUGGCCAGGUCGCAGGAAAGGUUCACGUCCAAUUGACAUCGGGAACGCCACGAGGGUCGGCUUACAGCAGUAUAAGAGGCUUAAGAACCCAGCGAAGUCUGGCGUAGGGGUCGGCAAUGCGGGAAAUGGGAGCCUAAUGCGCUGUAUUCCUACUGGGCUUUUUGCAUCAGACGAGAGAAGACAAACCGAGUCAAUUGCUAUCAGCGAGUUCACUCACAACGACCCGAGAUGCACAAUCGCUUGUGCCGCAUACAAUGAGAUCGUUGCUGCUCUCGUCAACGGCAAGACACCGCAAGAAGCUGUAGAUAUUGGCAAGACGGUAGCAAACAACCUGGACUGCGCAGAGGCUGCAGAUGCUAUCAAGGAGGGCGAAACGCUCCCUUUGGCUAAGAUCGCUAGCGGAGGGUUCCGAGGCACAACGGUCAGCGUGUCUGGCUACGUGCUCAACAGCCUAAAGCUCUCGAUUGCUGCACUGCUGGAUCCGCGAUCUUUUGAAGAUAUACUAGUUGAUGUGGUCCGACUUGGAGGAGAUAGUGAUACACACGGGGCUAUUGCAGGGGGCCUACUUGGUGCAAGAGACGGAAUAGAAAACAUUCCCGAGCGAUGGUUGGAGAAAUUGCAGUUUCGCAAGGAAUUCGAGGAAGUUGGGAUACGUCUUCUACAGCUUCAGCAAGAUAGCAGAUAG